AACCACUUUUUUAUUCUUAGGUUUUUCUUUUUCUUUCCCGAAUAUUCAAGUUCAAGGUAAACCCGAUUUAAGUUUAAUAUUUAUUUUCUAUCAGGCAUAAUGCCCAAAAAGGUAACGCGCAUUUGUUGCAUGCAAGCUUUUUAAGAAAGCUUGCAUGCAAAUCUGUUCUUGUUGAUCAGGUUAAACCCGUUACAACCCGUCAUAAGGAUAAAGAUGUUGUUCACAUUCCGUAAUGCAGUGUUGGGAAUCUAUUCACGUUGUGCUGCUGUCUCACUGUUGCUUCAAUUAUUGACUUAUUUAGUUUUUAAUACCUCUCCAUUUAACUGAAAUCCACAUUUUCAAAAUCAUUAAGCCUAAAAACAAACUCUAGUGCACCAAGAAUAACUCAGAAGGUGACAGAAGGUGUCCUGUCCAGCAGAGAUUCUUUCUGAUCAGGAGGUCUUCCAUAGAAGGGAGUCCUGUCCUCUUGAGAAUCUCUGUGUUAGUCACCUUGUCCUGCCAUUUGAUUUUCAAAAUUGACCACAAAUGUCUCAUCAUAAAAGUGUGUAGCUUCUUCUCUUGGCUCCUGUACACUGUCCAUGUCUCAGCUCCGUACAGCAGAGUGGAAAUUAUGAUCGCUCUGUAGAUUUUCCCUUUUACUCUUGCGGACACAUGAUGGUUGUUCCAGAGUCUUUCGCGAAGCCGACCAAAGGACAUGCUAGCCUUUGACAUCCUCUUUUGUAUCUCAGUUUCUAUUCGGCCGUCUCCUAAUAUUGUGCUGCCGAGGUACUUAAAUUCUUGUCGAGUUCAGAGUGGUGCCAUCGACCAUAAUAUCUUCCUGCCUGGAUGUUUCAGAGGUCCUGUCAUUUAUCUACACAUUUUUAGGAUUACUAUAAAAACCUUGAAAGCGCAGCUCCAACUUGUGUCUCACUUUGGAAAUGGCACACUUGAUUUGCGCUCUGCCUCCAUUCGUUCCUUUCUGUAUCCCGUCUACUCCUCAGUAUGACUGAGCCUGCUGAGCUGCUGCUCAUCAAGGACCAGCAUGAGUUGGCGUUUCAUUCUCUGAGCCGUGGGCUGGCUACUCAAGAGGACGGGAAAAGAGCAGAGGCCCUGGUGUUUUACAGGAAAGGUCGACAGCACCUCGCCCAAGGACUGGAAGUUCCCAUUGGAGGGGAGAGGCGACUGGGAGCAGUCUGGGACAGGGCCAGGCAUCUUCAGCAGAGGAUGAGGGACACUCUGAGGACUGUCAACACCCACAUCUCUGACCUAGAGACCAAUCCGCUGACAACAGGAUGGCAGAGGGUCCGCCUUUUGAUGAAUCUUCCUCCCAAUCUGUACCCAGACCUGGCACCAAGCAGCCAGCCUCUAAAAAUAUCCCUCAAUCAUAUGUACCCCACUGCACCUGCUACCACCCACACAACCCCAAAGGUCCCUCCCAGGCCUCCUUCCCCUGCUGUGCUGCACGCGCUUCCGGGAACUUUAGCAAUGGCGAACUCAGGGGACCAACCUCCAGCAUACACACCACAGCCGACUUUUGGUCACCGCAUUCUGUCCUACGGUCCUGCUGGAGCUGGCUUCAGGACAGGACAGCGGACUGGAGCAACAGCAGGAGGAGAUGGAAACGAGCUGCUUUUCAUCCCCUCUGGGGUGCAGAUGUUUUUCGUGGCACCAAACGGGCAGGUCAGCUCCCUGACUUAUCCGGGCUACCUUCGCAUCAUCGCAUUUGACUCUCAGCACAAGGAUUCCACGGCUGGAAGGCCCUCAACAUUUCUACAUGUGUGUGACUGGCUUUACCCGCUGACAGCAGCCACUCCAGUGCUGUUGGCUAACUCUGGGAUCUUCAUGUUCCCUGACACAUUGUCAGAGACACCAGGGUCCUACGUGGGCAUAGUGUUGUCCUCCGAACUGCCUGCUCUGCAUCGAGAGACAUUUCAGGACCUCCUCUCACAGAUAGCUGACCUCAGGGUGCAGGGUCCAGAGGGGGAAGGGUCAGAGGGCAUCGACCUGAGUGAGAAAAUCCCCCUUGGUCCCAUGAAAGAGCAUGAAGGGCUUACAUUGCCAACAGGGGAGAAGGACAAACCCCCACUCCCUGGAUGGAGUGAGAAGAUGGCGCAAGGAAUCUUGACAGGAGCUACACAGUUGAGUGUAGGGUUUGUAAAAGGAGCGGAGGCCACUGGUAGGGCCAUUCAUAAAGGAGCAGCCAAGAUCCGAGACCACAUCACGCCUGAGGAAACUCCUUCAGAGGUCAGCCCCCGUGUCACCAAAGGUCUGCAGGCUACCAAACAGGCCACCGGGGGUGCUGUCCGAGUCAGCCAGUUCUUAGUUAAUGGAGUGAGUACUGUGGUAGGACACGUGGCAGACAAGAUGGCUCCCCAUAUAAAGAAACAGGGCUCUAAGCUGGUCCCAGAGUCUAUGAAGAAGAACAAAGACAGCGGCCCUUCCAACUGGGAUGGAGCCAAGUUUGUGGCAAUCAGCAGUGUACAAGGUUUCUCUACUGUUUGGUCGAGUCUGGAGACCGGAGCAAAGCUAGUUGGCAAAAGUGUGACAGCAGAGACUGUGACAACAGUGACAUACAAGUACGGUAACGAUACAGGCGCAGCUACAGACACUGCUCUCAAGUCAGUGAUCAAUAUUGGUAUCACUGCUUACAACAUUGACAAUCUGGUCAUCAAAGGCUUCCUGAAGGCUGCAGAAAAGAAGUCGGCCACGGCCACCACGCCGAAGGGACAGCCAGCACAAACUGAAGGAAAGGAGGCACAGAAACGAGAACAUCAACUAGAGACAAAUGGGAAAGAAAAGCAGAAGAAAAAGGAGACGGAGAAGUAAAAUAAAAAAAAUCCCACAGGCAGUUUCAUGCUUUGCUUGAAGUGUUCUGUCAGAUUGAUGGAUAAACUCCUCAUUUGCAUGGUUAUACAACUAAAUGGGCCACUCCUUUCUUGAGGGGAUAUUAUUUGUAUUAUUUGUGAAUGUAAAAAUAAUAAUGAAAAUAUUGGAAUAAUAUGCUAUAAUAAUGGAAUAAAAAUGUUAAUUUACUUCACAUGUUAUUAAAAGUACUGUAUGUGUAUAUAGGUAGGUGUUUGCUGCAUUGUUUUGUGUUACAUGCAUUCUUUUUUUGUGGUAGUAUUUUAGGUUAUCAUGAUGUAUGUGUAUAUACGUUGUGUAUGUUUUACAGCUGUAUGACAAAGAAUCUGUGAAGUUUACCAGUAAACAUAGCAUAUUGACCACCUAACGCUAUAUGAUCUGUAUGAAAGUGCAAUAAUAAUGUUAAGCAAAGCACACAAAUGUUCUACAUGAAUAUAUAAACUGCACAUUUUAACCAGAGAUUACUUUUUAUAUUGGAUGUUUCUCGAAAGGUUCUUACAGAAAACAAACAUAUCAGCUCUCUUUCUUACACAACUGCUGUUGUUUUUCCAGUUAAAAUAAGAUACUCUGCAAAAUAUAUCAGCUAACAUCGUUAGUUAGUGAACUGUUGAAUUACGGGUAUACAGAGGAAGUUAA